UUUAUGCGUUUUGCUUGGAGAAAUGUGUGGGAGAGCUCGAUGCACGCUUGCCCCCGACGCUGUGGGAGCUGCCUGUGGUUUUGGGGAUUGCCAGCUCCGAUUGAUCGAUCACGACAGGUAUCGUCCAUCUUACAAUGUGUCGCCUGGAGCUUAUCUCCCUGUUGUUCAUUACGAAGCCAAAGACGAUGGGGAAGCUCUUCCGGUUGUGCAAGCGAUGAAAUGGGGGCUCGUUCCCAGCUUCACCAAAAAAAAUGAGAAGCCCGAUCACUAUCGCAUGUUCAAUGCAAGAUCAGAAACUGUGCGUGAGAAGACCUCCUUCUCUCGACUUCUUCCAGCGAAACGGUGCCUCGUGAGCGUCGAAGGAUUUUACGAGUGGAAGAAAGAUGGUAGUAAGAAGCAACCAUAUUAUAUCCACUUCCAGGACGAGCGCCCUCUUGUAUUCGCCUGCCUGUACGACUCUUGGCAAGAUGCCGAAGGAGACACGCUCUUCACUUUUACCAUUUUGACCACGCGAGUGUCCAAGCGAUUGGAAUGGCUGCACGACAGGAUGCCUGUCAUUCUAGCGAGCGACGACGCAACGAAAGCAUGGCUAGAGCUUGGCUGCUCCCUCGAUGACGUCUUCCGCAAAUUCGUGCAGCCAUACGAAAGACCGAAUCUGGUAUGGUAUCCUGUUACAUCGGCAAUGGGCAAGCCGUCCUUUAAUGGGCCAGAUUGUAUCAAGGAGAUCAAACAACAAAAGGUGAAUGAUAUCAGCAGAUUCUUCAAGCGGAAGCCACAGGAGAGUAAUCCAAACGCUGCAACCGGACAAGAUCCCGAGAGAGAAGUUUGUGAUCGUCCUCGCGACGUAAAGAAGACAAAAGCCACCGCUUAGAGAACACGAAAGCGAUGCCUCAGUAACAUUCCAUCUCAACACUUAAACAAACUCUAGAAGUAUAAGAUAUAGCUUCGAUUGUCUUAGUUUUCUCUCUCGUGUCUAACUUUGAUAAGCUUUGAUUGUCUCCAAAUCGAUUAGUCUUUUCUCUUGGAUUCAA